AUGGAGGACAGGUCAGAGGUGUUACAGGCUCUGCUCCAGUCUGUGGUGGUGGUGGUGGUGGUGCUCAGUUUGAGGAGGCAUAUCAGGUACCGCUCAUUGGUCACAGACCACCGGGGCAGAUCCAGCUUGGACUGGAGACAUUACACCUUACACUCAGGAACAUCUAAGGAGGCUCUGGAGUUCAUGGCUGCCAGUAACUGCAUCCCCGAAUGGGAUGGCUUUGUCUGUUGGCCUGAAGGAGUUCCAGGACGAACGGUGUCUGCUUCCUGUCCUGAGUAUGUCUAUGACUUCAACCACAAAGGCCAUGCCUACAGAAAGUGUGAUGUGAAUGGAAGUUGGAAACUCACUGCAGCGAACAAGACUUGGGCAAAUUACAGCGAAUGUGCAAAGUUCCUCUCACCCAAUGACUAUGAGAAGGAAGUGUUCGACAGACUAUACCUCAUCUACACUAUUGGGUACUCCAUCUCAUUCGGCUCACUGCUGGUAGCUGUGGUCAUCCUCGGCUACUUCAGGCGUCUUCACUGUACGAGGAACUUUAUCCACAUGCACCUGUUCGUGUCCUUCAUGCUACGAGCACUUAGCAUCUUUGUUAAAGACGUUGUUCUGUAUUCGGGAUCCAACCUCGAGGAGACUCAGCGGAUCACAUUCGAGGAUCUGAAAUCCAUCACCGAGGCUCCGCCCAUUGAGAAGUCCAAGUUUAUCGGCUGUAAGAUCACAGUUACACUCUUCCUGUACUUCCUUGCGACAAAUUAUUACUGGAUCCUGGUGGAAGGCCUUUACCUCCACAGCCUUAUCUUCAUGACCUUCUUCUCUGACAGGAAGUACCUCUGGGGCUUUACUGUCAUUGGCUGGGGCGUCCCUGCAAUGUUCGUCGCUGUUUGGGCGAGUGUUCGGGCGACACUCGCUGACACAGAGUGCUGGGACCUGAGUGCUGGUAAUAUGAAAUGGAUUGUGCAGAUCCCAAUUCUAACAGCCAUCGCGAUUAAUUUCCUGCUCUUCUUGAACAUCAUCCGAGUUUUGGCUACGAAGCUAAGAGAAAGUAACGCGGGUCGCUGUGACAGCAGGCAGCAGUACAGGAAGCUGCUGAAGUCGACUCUGGUGUUGAUGCCGCUGUUUGGCGUUCACUACAUCGUGUUCAUGGCCAUGCCGUACACCGAGGUGUCUGGAGUUCCCUGGCAGAUUCAGAUGCACUGCGAGAUGCUCAUUAACUCCUUCCAGGGUUUCUUCGUUGCGAUUAUUUACUGCUUCUGUAACGGAGAGGUCCAGGCGGAGAUUAAGAAGUCAUGGAGUCGGAGGACGCUGGCGUUGGACUUUAAACGUAAAGCACGCAGCGGAAGCAGCACGUACAGCUACGGCCCGAUGGUUUCUCACACCAGCGUGACUAAUGUGACAUCGAGGCAGCGUGAUGUCAGCAUGAGGCUCACACCCGCUAACAAUAACGUUAGCACCAAUGGGCACCGGAACCUUCCGGGCUACGUGAAGAACGGCUCUGUAUCGGACCAGUCCAUCCCUUCUUCUGCUCAGGAACUCCACGUGCAGGAGGACGAACCGUCCAAGAUGGCGACGGAGGAAAAACCCACCCCAUUAGUCGAGGAGGAGCGGGAAACGGUCAUGUGACCUGUUGAAUGUUACAAAGAACCUCAGGAUCAAUCAGGCUCUCAGAGGAGUUUGCUAGCAUUGCUAAAUAAGCUAAAAGCCUAGCGUCUACGGGCUAACGAAGGGGCUCCGGAGCAGCAGCGGGAUUCAGAGGACGAUGUUCACGCUGCUGUCGGAUGAAGAAGAUAUUUAAUGUGUAAAAUAUUGUAUAGAUAUAUCGUGUAUAGUGAAAGGUGUGACUUCAUGGAGUGUUUGUUUUUCAGAAUCAGGUGUUUUUCCACCCUUCUGUAAUUAUUAUUGACCUCCUCAUGUAUUACAGAAAACUGCUCUUUUUGUCGUAGCUAAAAGUUUUGAAGGAACUGAAAACAACCUUUCGUAAUUUUUGCAGUAAACGUUCAGGUCGCUGUGGAUUUCUUCAUGAGCUUCUCACACAGAAAUAGUUACUCAGACUCACACCACGACAUAAAUUAAGACAAAUCUUUUACAAAACGUAAAAAAAAAACACACGACCUUCUCGAACUACCCGUCUAUUCUAUUGAGUUAGCAAAAGACCGAUUGGAAACUGUAACGCAUUCAUACGGAUGAAUUCAAUUUUUUGUUUGUUUGUUUUAGAAAAUUUUCGAUUUUUGGAGUUUGUUGAUUUUUGGAGUGUUUAUUUUUAUCCCCUUGAGCAGAAACUCUAAUUCAUUUUGAAAACACGUCAGGUCUAUUUAUUUAUUUGUUUUUUUUUUUACUUUAAAUGUAUUUGUAAAAGUCUAAAAUGCGUAAACUCGUUCAACUCUAUUCAUGUAAGUCAAAAUGUUUACAAAACUAAAUAAAUAAAUAAAUAAAUAAAACAGAAAAAUGUUUGUGUUGUGAGCGAAAAAAGCGCUAAAGUUUCUGGAAUGUGAUGUCGGCUCGAUCCUUUUUGUUUGUUUGUUUGUUUGUUCGUUUUAACCGCGAUACUUUAACGUCUUUAAAGCUCAAGCUGAACGUAUUCCUUAGCUAGCUGUCCGAGCAUGUUAGCUAUCUGAGCUAACUCUAUACCUGAAAGAUUUUUCAUAUUGGUUAAGCGACAAAAAAAAAAAAAAAAAGUUAUUUUAUUUAAUUUACUGAAAAAAAUUUUUACUUUUAAAAAAUAUUCAUUCGAUCACAUCGUAACUUCAGAAAAAAAUUUCUAGAAAUUUUUAGAAAGAAUUUCAAUCAGGAAUUUAUUCCAUUAUUAACAAAAGUGUUGCUUUAAAAAAAUAUGUUUUUGUGUAUAUAUAUAUAUUUUUUUUUUUUUCAGAGAAGUUAGAAGUUAUUUUACAAAGAAAAUGUCAAAUGUUGAAAUGUAUGUAUGUAAAACAUUCAUCUGGGUGCUUUUGCUUUGUAAAUGUUUGGCUUUUAUCUUAUCGUUGGUUCUCCGUGUUGUUACUGAUGUGUUAUAUAGUAAAAUUCAUUGUAAAAAAAAUCUCACUUAAGUAUAAGCACCUUAUGUGUUUCCUCACGUGUCUGAAUAUCCACAAAUGUUCAGACAAAGCCGAAGGGGCGAUCACGAUCCUCUUCAUCAUCAUCAUCAUCACAAACCCCCAUGAAAGACAGUAUGAAAAAAAUGUAGAUUUUAUAUAUGAAUCGACUCGUCUAGAAAUGAAGGCUGUAAAUAUUUAUGAAGAUAUCGAUUUCAUAGUAAGUUAUUACAUCAGAAUUUGUGUGUGUGUGUGUGUGUGUGUGUGUGUGUGUGUGUGUGUGUGUGUGUGUGUGUGUGUUGUAACUGUAAACACUGUAAAGUUUUCAGAGGACUCUACUAUUGUGUUAUUUUGUAUUGUGUUAUUAUUUUUUUGUG